AUGGCUAACGUCAGCCUUGCCAGUGUUGUAGCAACUCUUUACGACAAUACCACUCACAGUGAAGAUUCUUACUUAAUUCGAGACCUGGGCAAUGGGCUCUUUCUUGACGCGGUAAUGGAUGGCGUAACCGGACACGGUGGUGAAGAAGCCAGUCAAUCAGUAGCUCAGGCGCUUGAGGCAGUGUCCAUAACCUCGCCGGACGACAUUGUCACAGUCUUGGAAGAGCAAAACGCCGACUUUUUCCAGGUAGGUGGGGGAAGGUUUCUUCUCACCACUGUGUCUGUUGCAUUGUUUAUGGGUGGUCCACUUUACAUUAUCAGUGCCGGCGACAGCCCCAUAUUCCAUAUCAGGGGAGAAGAAUGCAAACAACUUUCCGGCCGCAUUGGUGGCAUACUCCGAAUGGGUACUGCCAAGGCAAUUGGGGCUGGAGAGGAUCUGGUACUACAAAGGACCGAAGUCGCACUGGAAUCCGGCGACCGGCUGGUGACCGCAUCCGACGGAGUAACUGACAACGUCAAUAUGGCAGAGUUGGCCGAAUUCAUACGCAACGCUGAAACUCCGGAGGCAGCUUCCACGGCGAUCAAGCAGGCCAUCGACGACAGGUUGGAACGAGGCAUUACGCCUGAACUAUUGGGGGGAAGGUUCCGACACGACGACCAGACCGGCAUUUUCCGGUUCUUUUAG